AUGCCCCGGUCACAACGUGCCCCGCCGCCGCUGGCAGUGCCGCCAGUAGCAGCAACACCUGUGAUGGGGGCAGCGGUAGUAGCAGUAUCAGAGGCAGCAGUCACGGCAGUAGCGGCUGUAGCACGGAGACCCCAGGACGAUGAAAUCGCACUCCGCAUCGCGGCGUCACGCGCCCGCCGCGGCACCCGAUUGUCGUACAGAUGCCCUGCCUGCUCCAUCUCCGCCGCCACGCCCGCCAACAUUGCCCGCCACAUGGCGCUGUGUUGUCGGGAUCUGAUGCUUGAGUCGCUAGCUCGGGGGUAUCCAUCCCCUCAGCACGACGCGGUGGUGGAGCUCCUCCACGCGGGGGGGCGUCAGGAGCAGGAGCUGCGGCGGCGUGUGCUAGCGUGUGUGUUUUGGUCGGGAGCUGUGGAUCCCGAGACGGGUCUGCCGCGGCGCCUGGAGGCGGCUGAGGCAGCUCGCAGACUGGGACUGCCACCCGCCAGGACCUCGGCGGUGUUGCAGCGGGCCAUGGCCGCCGUUCCCCUGGCAGCUGAUUGGGGGGGAGAACCCCUGGAUGUCGUACAUGAGGACGAGCAUUUCUUGGCGGUUAACAAACCGCCGGGGAUGCACACGGCACCCAUACACCGCUUCGCAGCCGCCGCCGCCGCAACGUCUUCGGAGGAGCCUUGGGUUGGCGAUGACGGCAGCGAGACCACGGCGGCGGCACCAGCAUCCGGUCGUACAGUGCCGUACCAACUGGAGCCGUACGUACUGCACCGUCUGGACAUGAAUACGUCGGGUCUGUUGCUGUUCGCGAAGCGGCCCGAAGUCGUUGCUGGGAUGCACCGGCAGUUCAGGGAGCGCACUCUACGCAAGCUGUACUUGGCGGCGGCGCGGGCAGCUGCUGGGACCCGGCCGACUGCAUCCAGAACGUUCCGCAAUGCGGCGGCAGCGGUGGCGGCAACCUCGGCGGCGGCGGCGGCGGCGGCGGCGGCAGUACACGAGGCGGCGCCUCAGUCGACAGUGAUCGCUGGCCCCCCCAAGGCCUCGUCAACCACUUCCCGCACUCCUUUUUCGUGGAUGCCCCCAUUGACCGCCAUCCAGUGCAUGCGGUGGCUCGCAGGGUUGCAGCCACGGUGGCAGCAGCAGCAGCAGGAGCAGCAGCACAAGCAAGAUGGCAGUUACGGCACUAGCAUCGGGGCUGUAGCAGCUGCUACUGCCGGUUCCAUACCCAGUGGCGCGAGUUUGAUGCUGUGCGCGCCUCAUACGGGUCGUACACAUCAAAUUCGUGUGCAUCUGCAUCACGUGGGACAUCCCAUCUUGGGCGAUGACAUCUACGGUGUCACGGGUCCCUGGAUGGGUCGGCAAGCCCUCCACGCCGCCGAGCUGCGCUUCACACAUCCGCUCACUGGACAAGUUAUGCGGCUGAGUGCGCCGCUGCAUGAUGAUAUGGCGGCGGCGCUGGCGGCGCUGGGACUGCCGCAGCCUGACGUCGCAACGCUGGCGGAGGCCGCAGCUGAAGCGGAGGAGUGGUGCCGUACUGCCUCUCACGGUAGAGGAGGAGGAGGAGGAGGAGGGGCCGAGCCGCUGGUGCGAGCACUUUUCUCGUCGGAGAACAAGCUGUAG